CUUUUCUCAUUCCUCGCUGUCGCUUGCUUCGCUUUCGCCUCUCCAAAGGCGGCGAUUCCCAUCACAUUCGAUUCAUCGAUCGAUCCAUCCCUUAGCGAUGGGCGACUUCGGUGAUCCGUUCAACCGCAAUAACCCUGCCGUGCAGGCUCGCACCAAGGCCCAGAAUCGUGCUAACGUUCUCCAGUUGAAGCUCAUUGGACAGAGUCAUCCAACUGGACUUACCACUAAUCUUUUGAAGCUUUUUGAACCUCGUGCACCUUUGGAGUAUAAACCUCCGGUUGAGAAAAGAAAAUGUCCCCCAUAUACAGGGAUGGCACAAUUUGUCAGCCAAUUUGCUGAACCCAGUGAUCCUGAGUAUGCUCCACCUGUUAUCAAGGGAGAAACACCGACAGAAAGAAGGGCUAGGAUUCGGAAGCUUCGGCUUGAAGAGGGUGCAAGAAAGGCAGCUGAGGAGUUAGAGAAAUAUGAUCCAUCUAAAGAUCCUCAUGUCACUGGAGAUCCAUAUAAGACAUUGUUUGUAGCAAGGCUUAAUUAUGAAACCACUGAACACAGAAUUAAAAGGGAGUUUGAAACUUAUGGACCAAUUAAGCGGGUGCGGUUAAUUACUGACAAGGUGGUGAAUAAACCUCGAGGUUAUGCUUUUAUCGAGUACAUGCAUACACGAGAUAUGAAAACUGCCUACAAGCAAGCUGAUGGAAGGAAGCUGGAUAACAGAAGAGUUCUUGUGGAUGUAGAACGUGGUAGAACUGUUCCAAACUGGCGACCUCGAAGAUUGGGUGGUGGACUUGGAUCAACCAGGAUUGGAGGUGAAGAAGCAAAUCAGAAGCAUUCUGGAAGGGACCAACAGCAAAUUGCAUCAGGAAGCUCCAGAUCAGCAGAGCCCAGGUCUGAAGAUGUUCGACAUCUUGAUCGAGAUAGGGAGAAAUCACGAGAAAGAGGCAGAGAUAGGGAGCGAGACAUGGACAGGUCUGGUGAAAGAGCACGAGAUCGGGAUCCAAGGGAAGAAAGGCACCAUCACCAUAGGGACCAAGGUAGAAACAGAGAAAGGGAAAGGGACAGAGAAAGAGAGAAAGAUCGUGGGCGUGAACGUGAUCGGGGUCGUGGCAGGGACAAGGAAAGAGAUCGUGGUCAAGAAUAUGAUCGUGAGCGUGAGCGUGAACGUGAACGUCCACGUGAUAGGGAUAGGGAUCGUGAGCGAGAUUAUGGCCGUGCUAGCCAUGAAAGAGACCGUGGGUACUCCAUUGAUAAGGAUCUCAAAUAUGGCCAUACUGAGUCGAAGCAAGGCAGGGAGAGGUCGGUAGCAAAGGAGAGAGAUCUUGAACAGGGUGAACAUGAAUAUGGGCAAGGAUGGUAUGAUGAACGAAGCAAACAUGGUCGUGAACGUGACUACAAACAGUUUGAUCAAUCACAGCAGUACGAGCACUAUGAUCGUGUUCAUCCCCAGCAUAUCAGUGAAGCCAAAUAUGAGCGGGAUCAGUCAAACCGACAUGAGGGCGAUUAUUACUAUGAUAAUGCACUUCAGACUGAUGGCCAUCACCAUCAAUAUGAGCAUCCAGAUUAUGAGGCACGAGAGGAGGGGGAGGCAGUUGGAGAUGAAUAUGGAUAUCAUCCUUAACAGAGAUCCCUCUCCCCCAACCACUGAGGCUCGUGGUAACUGCUACCUUAUGCUGGAUGUAGAUGUUAACAUACUUUCAAAGCGUAGCAUUUAACUCUGUCUUCGCUUCUCUUCGCAGGGAUUCCAGCUGCCUUACAUAGCUCUAUUGCAGCAAACGUGCUUGGAUCUGUUUCUUUCUCAUCAAUACCUGUUGUCAAGGAGUGUUUAACAUUCGAAGUUCGAUAUUUCUUUAUGGACUUGGAGGUAGUAGUGCCAUAAUUACUGCCUAAUUCUUAUCUAGUGGCGCUUUUAGUUGGGUUGCA